UUGCUGUUUUGUAUAAAAUAUUUAUUAAUUCUUUAAAAAUGUAAAAUUAUUUUUAAAUCCCAUUUUCGUUAUGACUCUCGCUCAUCGUGCGUUGUUUACAUGGUUUAUAGUGUUAGUCUUCUUAAUUUUACUAUGCUUGCGAUUGGAUCCACGUACGCACUGGAAUUGGUUUGUUACAUUGAUACCUCUGUGGGUUUUUGACGGAAUAUUGAUAAUAUAUGUUAUCAUAAAAAUCAUACGGAAAUGGCGAAACCUUAAACGUUUGAAAGAAUUACUCGGCUAUUAUAAAUGGUACAUAUUUGGCGUUUUUCUAAAAAUUACAUCUCAAGUUAUGAUCUGCUUGACACUGGAGUACCCGGAGUUGGAAAUUUCGAUAUUUGUUACAAUGACACCCAUAUGGAUAUUACUAGUGUCAUCAAUAAUUUACGUUUUUAGGCGUUUAAAAAAGAUUGAAACUUGGUGAAAAAAAAAAUACUGUUUUGUACAAUAAUAUUAUUUUAUAUGUUUUUAUGUUGUAGUAUGAUACACAAAUAAAAU